GGUGUGUACGGUGAGACGAGAGGGAAAUGUUGGACAACAAAUGCAGAAACACUCACGCCGGAUGGACUACGAGGUAGGAAGACGAGAAGUCCGCCCGAUAUGCGACAUCAGAAGUCAAGGAAACCUCCAGAUAUACGACUUCAGAAAUUAAGGAAACCACCAGAUAUAAGAAAUCAGAAAUUAAGGAAACCUCCAGAUAGAAGAAAUCAGAAAUCAAGGGAACCUCCAGAUAUACGACAUCAGAAAUUAAGGAAACCUCCAGAUAUAAGAAAUCAGACAUCAAGGGAACCUCCCGAUACACGCCACCGGAAAGCAAGGAAACCUCCAGAUACACGACAUCAGAAAUCAAGGAAACCUCCAGAUACACGACAGCAGAAAUCAAGGAAACCUCCCGAUAGAGGGCGUACAAAAUUGUGCUUGGUCUUGGAAAGGGCUGUGAAGUUAUGGGACUGCAGGCGCACUAUCGGAUUGUUGGGUAAACAAGCACAUUACUGCAAAGAGGCAGACAAGAUGUCUGAGUGGAGUCUCGAUGAUAAGAGUUUUAAUGAUGACGAUGCCGACGUGCAGCCCCACAGAUACCGACUGCCGGCUCUUUAUGAUCUUUUCAGGUUGGUCAUUUAGAGCUGAUGUCUUUAAAUAAACGAGUGAUUUUUUUUUUGUUGUGGUCUAUUCUGUCCUGUUUACUUUAUAAAUAGCAAUAAUAAUUCAAACCUGUACACUAUGAGGAAAUUUAAACUAUUUAUUCCUUAGAAAUUUUCUCGUCCUGAACAGUCUAAAAGUUAAUGUCUACAACUAUUUAAUUGGGAUUCUUGUUCUUUAUCAGACUAUCGUAGCUUUGAAUCAAAAUUCAAAUAAGUUAACUUUGGUCAACAUAAGGAUGUGAUACAUUUUAAAUAAAAAGAUCCGGCAUACAUUCUGUGAUAUUAGAUUUUCUUUGUCAUAUGAUUUAGUUAAGAUCGUCAUAAAACAAUCGGCGUUUGUUUAUGUGAAAGCAAACUAUAUAAGGAACAGUAAUAAAAGGCUAAUCUUAAAACACAUUUUUUAGUCAAAUAAUAAAUAGAUUAUUCUAUUUUAGGGCAAUAACACAGAACAGUUUAGAAACAGGAGGCAUGCAGCCAACCAGCAAUGUUCUAUUGACACAAAAAGCUGUUUAUUUGUAA